AUGGCACCAGCAGCUUGCACAGUUCGACAUGCUCGUCGGGAAGAUGUCUCGACGAUCCUGGACUUGAUCCGGGAACUCGCCGACUACGAGCAUGAGCUCGACGCCGUCGAGGCCACCGAGGAGACCCUCCUCGCCACCAUUGCCUUUGCGCCGGCCGGCGUCGAGUCCACCUCGACGGCGCCCCAGACGGAAUCCACAUCGCCGACCCGGCCGGCGCGCUGCCUGCUCCUCUUCAACGAGGCCAACGCCCCCGCCGGCAUGGCCCUGUACUUUUACAACUACAGCACCUGGCGGGCCAAGGGCGGCAUCUACCUCGAGGAUCUCUACGUCAAGUCGUCGGAGCGCGGCAAGGGCUACGGCAAGAGGCUGCUCGUCGAGCUCGCCAAGGAGGUCAAGGCCAUGAAUGGCGGUAGACUGGAGUGGUCCGUCCUCAAGUGGAAUGAGCCGAGUAUCAAGUUUUACGAGUCCAUCGGUGCCACAGCCAUGAACGAGUGGGUUGGCAUGAGGGUUGAUCGUGAGGGUUUGACCAAGCUGGCUGGUCUUCUGGACUAG